AUGUCUGAACCAUCCACCCUCGACAUACCGCGCGUAGUUCACGCCUCCAGGCGGCACACUCGCGCCGUGUCUGCGCCGGCCGCAUUCGAGGUCUCUCAAGCCCGCUCUCCAGCGGCGACCGCGGACAAAACCCAACACAAUCCGCCCGUGGCGGAUUCCUCCAGCAACCAGACGGACGGGCUCGCUACACGUCGGGAGGACGGAGACGCGCCUACACGCGUCUCUUGGGAGCAAGAGACGUGCGUACCCUUCCCAGGCGCGUCGGACGCCAUGCCCGAGCCAGCUUCCAACGUGUCUCAGCACGUUGGACACGCUGUGGAACGCGGUACAUCCUUUUUUGACGGUUUCUCUGCGCUGCUGAUCCUCCCUUCGCGUCUCCAAGGCGCCACCGGCCCACAAACGCCUCUUCUACAGGCCGGGGGCCCUGCUCAGCAUCCAGCUCACCGCCAGCAGGCGGCAACGCUGCCGGUCCGUCGCGAUGACGUGGCGGCGCCGCGCGCCGCUGCGCCUCUCUCUCGAGCGCAGAGCGAGCUCUGGGAAGGCGGCAGUACACGUGUUGCUGCGGCAACAUUGCCUGCAGCUGCGUCGCUAGACACAGUGCAGGCUGCGCUGACUGACGCCUGCGGCAACGCUGCGCACGCGAGCCGUGGUUGCUCUGCGCCGGCAGCGCCCACUUUGCGUACCGCAGCGGGGCGCGGUGACGUGGCGUCUCCGCAAGUGUUUGCGCCGUACGCAGACCCCGUCGUCGCCUCUCGAGGUCGCAACUCUACAGCGCCGCUCCCUACCACCGUUGUGCCACACCCGCCCGCCGCUGGACUGUCGACGGUGGGCGACGCAGAGCUGCGAGACCGGCUGGUUCCGCUGGGCGUACUGCGGGCUGCAGCGGAGUCUUCUGCCUCCGCUGCGAUUGGCGUGUCAAGCGGCCACGCUCCAGUCACUGCGGGCAACGAGCUGCCGCCACCGCCGUACUUGCCCCCUCCGUACGUGCGACACGUUCGUCGACCCGGCAUCUUCCACAUGCCGCUUUACUUCCCGCCCAUGCGCGACGUGGACAACGGUGGCGCCGCGCUGCACCGUGUGAUGCCCGUCCUGACGCGGAUUCAGGCUUGCAUCGACGAUAUGGAGCCUUAUUUCCUGGGAUCGACCGGUAUCCCAGAGGCGCCUGGAAAUCCCUGGGUUCGUCAGGAGUCGAAUGUGGGGCACUUUGACUCCUUCGUUGUUGCCUGGAAGACGCUCUCCCGUGAGCAGGGUGAGGUAUUUGCGUGGUUCAUCGUCAUUCCUGUCGAUGAUGAGGGACAGCGAGAAUUGAUUAACGCAUAUCUUCAAGAGGCAUUCGAGGAGGAGCAGGACAUCAGGGGAGUAGAGCAGGAGCAGGAGAUAGAGUGA